AAUUCCUUCUCGAAAUCACUACAGCACCACAAAUAACCGUACCAUGCUUUCUAUCUCUCCCUCCCCUCUCUCCAAAAUUCCCAUCAGUUCUCCCGCCCCUGCGCCUCACCGGACCAGAUCCCGGCCACUAGUUAUUUCUAACACCGCCACCGCUUACAAGGAAAGGCCCAAUCUUUACCUGAGUCCUCAACGGAUGGCAUCGUGCACGUCGCCGUACGAAAUUCUGGGGAUUCCAGUAGGAGCCACGAGCCAAGAUAUCAAGACGGCUUACCGGCGAUUGGCGAGGACUUGCCAUCCUGACGUCGCCGCUUUGGAUCGGAAGGACACCUCGGCCGAUGACUUCAUGAAGAUUCAUGCUGCAUACUCCACUUUAUCAGAUCCUGAGAAACGCGCCGUUUAUGAUCGCAAGUUUAUUAGAAGGAACAGGCCGUUGACCACCAGUUUUUCCGGGUAUCAUGGCCGGAAUUGGGAGACGGAUCAGUGUUGGUAGCCAGAUCGGUUCCACUUGCUACAUCACUGAGCUUAUCUAAUCGGAAAUUAUGGCAAGAAAUCGGCAGUUUCUAGAUUUGGGAAUAUGAACUCGGUAUAUAUGCGCAAGUGCUACUUCUAACUUGCUUGAGCCUUGAGCCACCACUUGGAAGUUCUCGACAGAAAACUAGAGCCGUUGAAUGUGCAAUUUAAGAGCUUUUGUCGAUUGAUAUAUGCUCCGGCGAAUACAUCAGAGCUCCGACGGCUGGCUGUGACUUUAUUGCAAAGAAAUACCAAAUGAAAAGAAAAAAAAAAUCAUGUAGCAAAGUUUGACCCAACAAGUAUAAUAUCUAAUGAUACAUGAUUUGUACAA